UCCUCGAAAUCUUUUGUUCUUCUUUCCUGCUGCUCCAAGCCAGCGCUCUCCUCUCUUCUUUGGUCGUGCUAAUCCCACCCUUCAUCCCGCCCCUCCAGACCCGCCGAUUCAUCGGAUAUCUCUCCCUCCUCUCCGCAACCGAUCCAGUCUCCCUCGCCUGUGAUUCUGCAGCCCACCGGAUUUCCUGAAGCCUCCCACUCGAAUUCUCACAACGAUAUGGUGCGCAACAUCGUCGUUAUUGGGGGUACCUCCCACCCUCAGCUGACUCAAAAUAUCUGCAAUGUCCUGGGUAUCCCGGCGGCAGACGUCCUCCUCUCGAAAUUCUCUGUCGGUGAGACCCGGGUCGAGAUCAAAGAAUCUGUUCGUGGCAAAGAUGUCUACAUCAUCCAGUCCGGUGGCGGAAAGGUGAAUGAUCUUUUGAUGGAGCUGCUUAUCACCAUCUCCGCUUGCAAAACUGCCUCGGCCAAGAGGGUCACUGCGGUUCUGCCCCUCUUCCCUUACUCUCGUCAGAGCGACAUUCCUUACAACAAGACGGGCGCUCCACUGACGAAGUCUUCUAUUGCCAACAAACCCGGCAAUGGCUACACUUUCGAAAGUACCCCGCCUACCCCACAUCCGGGGAAGCCCGAGAGCUGCAGCCUGCUCAACGGUGUGGACAAUCUCCAGAAGAGCCUGGCCAAGGCUCAAUUGGAAGACAUUAGCAAUGGCAGCCCGGUGAAGAGGCAACGUCCUGUCAAUGGCCUGCCCCGCAGCGACACCAUGGACUCCUUACCUUCCCUUCACAGUGGAAGCGUUGCGGAAGAGGAAGCCAACAAGAUCAACAACUUCCAGCCCCGCCCCGGCUACAAGCAAUGGGUGGCCCAGGCUGGUACCUUGGUCGCCGACCUGCUCACUUGCGCCGGUGCUGAUCACAUCAUCACAAUGGAUCUCCACGACCCCCAAUAUCAGGGAUUCUUCGAUAUCCCCGUCGACAACCUUUACGGCCGACCUUUGUUGAAGAGCUAUAUUCAGCGCAAUAUCCCCAACUACAAACAAGCUGUUAUUGUCAGUCCUGAUGCCGGUGGCGCCAAGCGUGCGACCGCGAUCGCCGAUUCGAUGGGCGUCGAGUUUGCUCUCAUUCACAAGGAGCGGCGCCCCACACGCAUCACGGAUCGCCAGAAUGCCACCAUGAUGCUGGUUGGUGAUGUCAAGGAUCGGACCGCUAUCUUGAUCGACGACCUGGCAGAUACCUCCAACACCAUCACCAGAGCGGCUAAGCUUCUCAAGAGGGAAGGAGCUGCCCGUGUUUAUGCGCUGGUCACGCACGGUAUCCUGAGUGGUGACGCGAUUGAUCGCAUCAAUGCCAGCGCUCUGGACAAGGUCGUUGUCACCAACAGUGUGGACCAGUCGGAUCAUCUGCGCAGAUGUCCUAAGCUGGAGGUCUUGGAAGUCGGCCAUGUCUUUGCUGAGGCCAUCCGCCGCGUUCACCACGGCGAGAGUAUCAGCGUUCUGUUCCAGUAUGACUAACGCAUAUGCCAUCACGGGAUUCUUUCACUUUCUUCUGUUUCAAUUUUUUUCGUGUGGGACGUCCAUACAAAGUGAAUUCUAAACUUGUUGGAAACAAUAAGGAGCGACGAAAUCUUGGGUUUUGUCUCCAGGGGACUUUUUCCAUUUCUGACCACUGUGCUAUGACAUCUACUG